AUAAGAUGAUCGCGGCAUCAGCUGAGUCAGUCAUUCUUUCGCAGACUGCGACAACAUCAGGAUCAUUCGGUUUUUACGCGAUACGGUGGUGAUAUAUAAAUAACAAGUUAUACAUAUAAGCAUUACUAUUUCACGGUUUUUCCGCGUUGACUUACUUUGUCGACGAUACAAUCAGAAAGAUGGAUAUUAGGAUCUUCGCGCUGGUUGCUCUCAUCGCUGUCCUGGGAUCCUUUACGGAGGCCCGAUCCCCCUUUGGUUAUCCUUACGGAAAUGGAGGACUACGCGUCGACAGACCGUCGGCCAGUUUCGCCGCGAUGUCCAGGUUGAAGCGAGCAGUCGAUGAUUCGAAUGGUGAGAGUACCACCACUCAAGCUACAACGACCUCCUCGACAACUGAUCCCACAACCACACCAUCAUCAACCACACCAUCAUCAACCACACCUCCUACAACCCCGUCCACAGAGCCAACCACAACACCUACCACCACCACCACCACAGAGGCGACGUCUCCCACGACCACUCCGACCUCCACUUCCGCCACUACUCCUACUACUACUUCAACAACCCCAUCCACUACACCUAGCACGACAACUUCGGAAAGCACGACACCGACUUCUGAGCCGAAGAAUCCAAACGACAUUCAAUCACGUUUGAAUACCGACGCACCCGAACCCGAAGACUCCAAUAAGAAACCUGGACCAUCCAAGGACGGUGCGCCAACUCCUGGACCAUACUUUGGCGCUCCUGGAUUCGGCUUUGGCGGUUAUGGUCCAGGUUUCGAUCCCUAUUUCGGUUAUCCUGGAUUCAACUCUAUACCAGGUUAUAGCCCAAACUAUGCGUGGACUGGUACAAACAACGGGCCAGGAUACGCGUCUGCAGGCUCGUCCGCCGGAAGCUUUGGGUAUCCGGGAAUGGGAUAUCCAAUGGCGUUCCCCACGCCGUUUCCCACAGCGGGAUCACCAACGGCAUUCCCGACGGGAUCACCGUCUUUCGGUAGUCGAGGAGGAUUUCCGGAUAACUCACCGAACCAGGAUAAUUCACUAAACAAGGAUAACUCACCAAACCAGAACGGAUACAAUUUCGGCGGAGAUCCGUUGUAUAACUCAGGAUCCGGACUCUUUUACCCAGGACAAUUUCCUAAUUACAACGAUCCCACUUUUGACAUGAUUAAACAAAUUCAGGCGCAAAUCGAGGCGCAACAACAGGCCACUAUGGAUUUCCACAAUCGUUUAGCCAAUGAAGCCGCUAAUUACGGGAAUUACGGUGGCGGCACACCGCAGAUUUCGAGCGCCAGCAUAGGCUUAGGUCCAUACGGUGGUUUCCAAUCUGGCCAAAUCAGUCCCGCUGCUCCAGGAAUAGAGUCCAGAUUUGCCGAAGAUCUUCCUGCGCCAUCGGGUAAUAGCUACGGAGUAUUUGCUAGUUCUAGUUCCUCCAGCAUGACCGGUCCGGAUGGCAGGCCGAUUAAUCGUAAAUCGUCUAUUACUGGCGUUAAUGACAACGGAAGAAUUUCUUUCCGCACUGUGCAUGAUUAAUUAAACUUUAUCCCUAAUUAUAUCUAUUUUUAUAAUCAUUAAUUUACUAUUGUGUGUUGUAUACAGUGUUACUAUGAUAACGAUAAAGUUUUAUAUAAUUCAAAAUUGAUGUUGCAAAGUAAAAUUGUGACACAGAAUUUUCGAAACUCAGGCUCAAAUAUUUCCUUAAGAUUGCCAUACAAAUACUCAAGUUUUUUUUUAGAAUUAAUAGAUUCUCUCUAUAAGAUUAAAGUUAUCACUUUUAUAUGACUUUCUAUAAUUGUUGAUAGCUUGAUCUUUUUCUACCUGUUCGCGAGCAAGAAUUGCUUGCGAUGCCAAUUUAAAAAUCUUAAUAAACUUUCUUGUACUAGUGUUAUGUUCUACUCGAGUAAUAUCGAAUAAAUGUACAACUAUUCUGCAUUUAAUUACUUGUUUAAAUAUAUUUAUGUUAUCAUAUAUUCAUUGUAUCUAUUAUGCAUAAAUUAAACUCUUGACGCUU